CUCCCAGGGUCAGGAAGGUCCCAGAAAAACGCCCCCAAGGAGAAACUUAUCCCAGAGAGAUCAAGGGACACAGCGGACGAUGGCCCAGCCCACACUCCUGACCACCGGCCCGGGGCUGGCUCCACACUUACUAUUUCUCUCCAGCACUUUCUCUCAGCUAGUCUCGGCCGUUGGGGGCCACCUCCAGACAGACACCUGAGCUCCUGCACUAGCGAUGCGACCUUGGGCUUGUCAUACGGCCAAGUUUCCUCCGCUGCAAAACGGGGUCCUGCCUCAAUUGAAAGAAUGGCAUUCGCAGGAGCUGACGCAGAGGAACUUGAAAAUCACAAUGACUGCCUCGUCCGACUUUCAAAUCCAAACGUAGCAACAAUGAAAGAAGAUGUUCUGUACCAUUUCAGUCUCAGCACUAGCACACACGACUUCCCAGCUAUGUUUGGAGAUGUGAAGUUUGUGUGUGUGGGUGGAAGCCCCUCCCGGAUGAAGGCUUUCAUCAAGUAUGUGGCUGAAGAGCUGGGCUUUGACCACCCGGGCGUCGACUAUCCCAACAUCUGUGCGGGGACCGACCGCUAUGCCAUGUACAAAGUAGGACCAGUGCUGUCUGUCAGUCACGGGAUGGGCAUUCCCUCCAUCGCUAUCAUGCUGCACGAGCUCAUCAAGCUGCUGUACCAUGCCAGGUGCUCCAACAUCACCAUCAUCCGCAUUGGCACUUCAGGCGGGAUAGGUCUGGAGCCCGGCUCGGUGGUCAUAACCCGGCAGGCCGUGGAUGCCUGCUUCAAGCCGGAGUUCGAGCAGAUCGUGCUGGGGAAGCGGGUCGUUCGGAGCACGGACCUGGAUGAGCAGCUGGUACAGAAGCUGCUGCAGUGUUCCGCAGACCUGAGCGAAUUCACCACGGUCGUGGGGAACACCAUGUGCACCUUGGACUUCUACGAAGGACAAGGCCGUCUGGACGGCGCUCUCUGCUCCUACACGGAGCAGGACAAGCAGGCGUAUCUGCGGGCAGCCUACGCGGCCGGCAUCCGGAACAUUGAGAUGGAAUCGUCAGUGUUUGCUGCCAUGUGCAGCGAGUGUGGCCUCAGAGCUGCUGUGGUGUGUGUCACCCUCCUGAACCGUCUGGAUGGGGACCAGAUCCUCAGCCCUCAUGAGGUGCUCACCGAGUACCAGAAGAGGCCACAGCGGCUGGUAGGUUACUUCAUCAAGAAGAGCCUGGGGAAGGCCUGAGGUUCCCGUUCUGAGCCUACAGAGACAAGUGGCUAUCAUCACUUGCCAAUAAAAAACCAUUGUCCAGAA